AUGGAGUCAGAUUUUAUCAAGAUAACUGAGAAUGCGAUCUCCAUUGAGGAGACGUCUUCUUUGGUCGGCAGUCCAUCAGCAGGCGCUACUUCAAUAUUUGUAGGUAAAUACAACACAGCACGACAGAUUUUCUGGUUGCACAUCUUUUGACACCUUUCAGUGCCCCUCCUGGCCAGGGGCCCCACAAAUAUAGAUUAGGAGCUGUUCAUGUGGACUGGUUAACCGGGAUUAUUUGUUCAAUAAAGCUCUUAUCACGGCUUUGAUAAACAGCCAAAACGACGUUUCAACUUUGAAUGAGCUUAGUUCAGAUAAAGUUCUUUCAUGGUCAAGAAAAAGUUUUCGUGACACAAUACUAGCUAUUCAUCCCGGCUAGCCGUGCUGGCCCGACUCAUGUGAACAGUCCCAACGUGAAUACAUUACUACAUUUCUUGAUCUUCAUUGACAUGUUUACGCUGAGUUCUAUUGGUCAAUUUUAACAAGCCAUUAUGUAUACUUAGGUGUUUAGUCAUGAAAGCCAGGGUUUCGGAAAGUCUCCAUUAAAAUUUGUCUUUUCCACUUCAAUGAGAGCCUGCCACACAAACUACAGUAACCAACUCACUACCACCAGAAUCAAACGAGAACAGGAGUUGAACAAGAGUCGACUGGAUGUUACCGCUCGCAGAGCGAAAACUCGAUCAUCAACUAAGAAACCAACUCUCAUUCUCGUUGGACCAUGGCUUUAGGUGAUUUCUGUGCAAAUGUGCAAUACUAUAUCCAGUUCGCUUCAUUAACAUUACAGGCACGACAAGAGAUUCAUUUAAAGGCAAGAGAGUUAUAAAAUUAGAGUAUGAAGCAUAUGUGCCAAUGGCAGAAAAGGAGCUUGCAAAAAUAUGUCGGGAUAUACGAAAGAAAUGGAAUGUUGUGAAAAUUGCAAUAAUUCACAGAAUUGGGUAAGCAUAUAUUUAUGCAUGUAAUAUGUGUGUUGUCUUCUCUUUUGUGCGUAUCUAAGGUACCGGUAGUCUAAGAGAUGUACCAUACUAUAUGGGUACUUUGUCAUGAAGAUUAUAUUUCUCAUUGAUUUGUACCCCCAAUUACAGACUGGUUCCAAUAUCUGAAGCGAGUGUGGUCAUAGCUAUCUCAUCUGUGCAUCGCAAAGAUUCUUUGGAAGCAGUUCAGUAUUGUAUCGACACACUUAAAGCUACUGUGCCAAUAUGGAAAAAGGUACCCAAAGUGCAAUUUAUUGGGCCAGGCGAAGAUAACAAGCAAUUUCGAUUGGCUUAUUUUAUAAGACUCAACAACAAGAGAUUCAAUAACAAGCAAUUUCGAUUGGCUUAUUUUACUAGUCAUGGUUUCCUUAUUUUUUGAGUAUUUAAUGUAUCAACCAGCAAAGAAAUAAAUAAAAAUGCUUGUGUGUUUUCUAGGAAGUUUAUGACGAUGGUCAUAGUGCUUGGAAAGAAAAUAGCGAAUGUUCUACCAAAACUUAA